CAGCUGGAACUCCUGAAUAAAUUCAAAGAAAGAGCCGUUUUCACAUGAAAUGCUCAAUUGUGAAAUUAUAGAUUUAGAACAUAAAAUCAUAGGGCUGGAAGGGACCACUGGAGUCUAAUGGUCCAACCCCCUGGUCAAGGCAGGAGUCUUACAUCAUCCUGGUCAAACUUGUCCAGUCUGUUUUUGAAGACCUUAAUUGAUGGAGUGGCCACAACUCCAGGAGACAAGCUGUUUCAUUCUUUUCAUACUUCUAGGCUGUCACUCUCUUUAACAAGCUUCCACCCAUUAUUUCUUGUCCUGCUCUCUGGUGCUUUGGAGAAUGUCAAUCUUCUCUGAUGAUUCCUCAGGUACUGAAUAAUAGUUUUCAUGCCUCCCCCUAGUCCUCCUCUUCAAUAGGCUAGACGUACCCAGCUCCCUCAACCAUUCAUCAUACAAAUUUAGCCUCCAGACUGUCAUCUUCCUUGCUCUUCUCUGCAUACUUUCUCGGGUCUCUUGUAUGGUGACCAGAACUGUCACCAGUGUGAUAUAAAGUGUGAUAUAAAGCAGUAUUAUCAUUUGUGAUCUUGACAGAAUAACUGUUAGGAAGGACCUUGGGGGGUUUCUACCCCAUGCUCACAGAGAAGACCCUCUACCGUUUUAGACAAAUGGCUGUCCAAUCUCUUCUUAAAAUCCUCCCAAAUCCUUGGAGCGCUCAGUUUCUGAAGGGAAGGCCUUCCACUGAUCGUUUUCACAGGGAGUUCCAGAUUGCUCAUCUCUCCUUGAUUAGUUUCCAUCUGUUGCUUCUGGUCCUGUGUUUGGGUGUUUAGAGAAUAGAUUGACUCCCUUUUUGUGGCACCUCUGAAAUAUUGGAAGACUGCUAUCAUUUGUCUGAAACUAUGGCUUCUCCUGCUUGAGCUUGGACUAGAGGACCUCCGAGGUCCCUUCCAAUUCUGUUAUUUCCCUGGUUCAGUGAUUUAGUCGCUUUGUCAAAAGCUGCGAUAAGAUUUGUCUCUGCAUCAUGAGGAGAAACGGGGGAAGAUCGUCUUCAAGAAAGGCAGGGCUACUCUCGAACAAGCCGCCUUCACCUCCAAAGCAACGGCCGAGGUUGCAACCGGCAGGGAGGGGAGAGGCGCCGACCUGCUCCCGAAUCAGGUGGAUGCUUGGGCGCAGCUUCCCCUUCCCUGCGCUCCCCGUUGGGCUUAGCCAGCCGUCUCGAGCGCCGGUUGAGCCUCCGGCCUUAAGAGCGAAGCAGCCAGGCCGCCUCUUGAGGGACGGGAGGCCACAAGGAAGCUACCCCGGGAGCGCCAGACUCCACCCCCACUUCGGGGGCGAGGCUACGCCCCGAGCGGCGGGAACUCGCUUUCCCAGAGUGCCCCGGGGUGCGAAGGCGGCGCGAGGCCUGCCGGGAGAGGCGCAGGGACACGUCGGGGUGCGAGCGUGCGUGCGCCGGCCGGGGAGCGCGAAGACGGAUGGCGCGCGAGCGGCGGCGGCGUGCGGGCCCGGAGGGCGUGCGGGCGCAGGAGCGGGGGCCCGCGCGGCGGGAGCACGGGACGGGCGGGGGCGCGAGGCCGGCGCUUUUGGUGCUGCCGGCGUUGCUGCUGCUGCUGCUGCUCGGCUGCGGCCUUUACGCCCGGUGGGGGCCCGCCGCACGCCUGGUGGUCCCGCACGCCUCGCCCCGCGUCCUCCAGCCCGGCAGCACCGGCCCUGCGGCCGCGCCCGCCCGCUUCUGGGGCUCCUACCGGCCCCAGGUCUACUUCGGCAUGAAGACGCGCAGCCCGCGCUCGCCGGUGGCCGGCUUGAUGUGGCUGCAGCAGCUGGAGGGGGACGUGAGGCUGCGGCACACCUGCGAACAGAGCGACGGCCUCCCUCGCUACGGCUGGCUGCUUCACGACGGCACCCAUUUUGGGGUGCAGGAGAUCCAAGACCUGGGCUUCAGCCUGCAGACGGAGUUUGUGAAGCGUCCCGGCGGGCAGCACGGCGGAGACUGGAGCUGGAGAGUGACGGUUCGCCCAGAAAGGACGGGGCCCAAGCCCCCCUUCAUUUCCCUCCUUUUCUACAUGGCAACCGAUGGGCAAGGAAGACUGCAGCCUCUUAUAAAGGAGAAGAGUCGGCUGGCAUCACUAAGAGGACAGACAGAAGAAUUGGGAAAUUUCACUGUGACAUUCAGGCCGCCCACCACAGAGGCUGGCAUCCCUCUUUAUGCCAGGUACAAUCACCUGCAGGCGAUGGCGGAAGGACUGCAUCGCCUGACUGACGUGGUGAAAUCGAGCCUGAGUUCGCGGUUUUCCUACGCUCCACCGGGGCUUCCCAAGCGCCAUUACUUUGGCGUGGAUGUGUACCACAGCCAAGCUGGCGACAGAGAGUUACGCAGCCAGCUCCUAAUUCACCAGGUGACGGUGGCUGUGCCCUGCCGCGUGGAAGUGGCUUUUGAGUCAGGCAGUGUGCCUGACCGGCCAGACCGGCUCCUGGCACAGACGCUGACGCAAGAGCUGGACAAACGUGUGGCCGCCUUUGAGCGGCGCUUUGAGGAGACCUUCGGCCUCUCCCGCAAGGGCUUCUCUGGGCAGGAGCAACACUUCGCCCGGGCUCUUCUCAGCAACAUGCUGGGCGGGAUGGGCUACUUCUAUGGGCACUCACUGGUGCAGUCCCCCUACACAGAGGCCCCCCAGCCGUACCCUGCAGGGUCUCUCUUCACAGCAGUGCCCUCCCGCUCCUUCUUUCCCCGGGGCUUCCUGUGGGAUGAAGGCUUCCACCAGCUCCUCCUCGCCCGCUGGGACCCAGCCCUGAGCCAGGAGGUGCUGGCUCACUGGUUCGACCUCAUGAAUGUUGAGGGUUGGAUUCCCCGCGAGCAGAUCCUGGGGGACGAAGCCCUGGCAAAGGUGCCUCUGGAGUUUGUGGUGCAGCACAGCCAGGCGGGCAACCCCCCCACUUUCUUCUUAGUGUUGCAGCAGCUGCUCAGGCAAGGGGCGGUGGAACAGAGCUACCUCCGCCGCAUUUAUCCUCGCCUGCAAAGCUGGUACAGCUGGUACAAUCACACGCAGGCAGGACCCUUGCCCUACACCUUCCGAUGGCGUGGCCGGGACCAGGACACUCAGCUUUUCCUGAACCCUAAAACCCUGACCUCUGGGCUGGAUGAUUAUCCCAGGGCCUCCCACCCCUCGGAGGAUGAGCGUCACCUGGAUUUGCGCUGUUGGAUGGCCGUAGCCUCCGCUGUGAUGGCCGAGGUGGCCACACGGGUGGGAGAGGCGGAGAACGACUACACGCACAUGGCUGAGUGGCUCACAGACAAUGAACUGCUGGAGCGGCACCACUGGUCAGAGGGACUGAGCACGUUUGCUGACUAUGGCAACCACACCCAGGCUGUGGCCCUGGAGCGCGAGCACCUUCGGCCCCCUCCUCCUGGCCAACCCUUGCCCAUUCCAAGGCUGGUCCGAGUGGUCCGCAAGUCACCGCGGUUGCAAUUUGUGGGAGGGGCUCUUGGCUAUGUGAGCCUCUUCCCCCUGCUGCUGCAGCUCCUGCACCCCAAUUCCCAGCAGCUGGGCAGCCUCCUGGCAGACAUGAAGAACGAGCAGAAACUGUGGACACCCUUUGGCUUGCGUUCCCUGUCGCGUAGCAGCCCCUUCUACCUCAAACGCAACACAGAGCACGACCCCCCUUACUGGAGGGGAGCCAUCUGGAUCAACAUGAACUACCUUGCAGUGCGGGCUUUGCAUCACUAUAGCCAAGUUGAGGGGCCCUACCAGGAGGAGGCAGCCAAGCUAUACCAUGAGCUGCGCACCAAUGUCAUUGGCAACGUCCUCCAGCAGUACCUGGACUCUGGCUAUGUCUGGGAGCAGUAUAACGACAGCACAGGACGCGGGCAAGGGUGUUAUCCCUUCACGGGCUGGUCAGCUCUGGUUGUGCUCAUGAUGGCAGAAGAAUACUGAUUAGCCCGCUGGUGCUCCUGUAUCCCUGGGCAGCUCAGCUGGAGUGGCUGGUGCAGGAUUCUGGCAAAGGGACACGGGCGUUGACCUUUCCCUCUGCCCUGCUUUGAGGGUUGGCAUUCAACUCGGAGAGUAAAGUGGCAGUGCCUAGAUGUAAGCAAUUUCAUAUUGAAAUAAAGCCGAGAAGCUUAAAA